AUGGAGUUAAGACAGAUUUUAAUUUUUGUGCUCUUAUUCGCUGUUGGAUCCCAAGGUUUGGAUGAAGAGCUCAAUUUAGCUGACGUCUCCACCGUCUUACUUUUGGCAUUGUCUCCAGAACCGACUAUCUUGAUAUCAAACGAAACAACGGCCCUAUACAGUGUUGGUGUCCACAUGGGCAUUAUCAACCCCGAAACAUACUCACUUGAGUCGUUCGCGGAACACGAGAGAGACAUCUUCAAAGACGUGUAUCAAGAAUACCUGGCAUAUAAUGACAGUUUACCACUAAACUACCAGGACUGGCUGAUUAUGAACAACUACGGGAUCUUGCCAGACACACAAGAGUCACUGUAUCAAAGAAAAAUUGCCAAACGUUCCACGGCAGACAAUAAGAGGCGUUUCAUAAGUGUGGUAAAAAAAGGUGACAUUUUGAUCACAGGCAGAGGUAUUGGAGGAUUAUUAGGUCAUUCAGCGAUAAUGACGACAGAUAACUGGGUUUUAGAGAUGCCUGGAGGAAAAGGAUGGAACAAUGGAAUUCCGAACAAUAAUAGACAAAUUCAGAAGGACAAGUGGUUUAAUCAGCAUGCCUCUGAUUGGACGACCGUUUACCGUUGCAAAGACAGCGCGGUUGCGAAGCAAGCUGCAACGUGGGCUGACCACAGAUACUACAAUCCUUCUGGUGGAUCCACAAAAACCGUGCAUGUUACGUAUAAGUUGACUACUAACUUCAAAUCAAUAAGUCCUAGUUAUUGUUCCAAGCUUGUCGUUCAAGCCUAUUACUACGGAACUGGACAGAAUGCCACGAUAUCGGACGAGACACUGAACGCCUACAAUUUUGGAGUAUACAGAGGCAUUAUCGAUCCCAAUAAAUAUCCGUUGGAGUUAUUCGCACUACAUGAUAAAGGCAUCUUCAGGGGAACCUACCAAGAAUACAUUACAUUAUAUGAUGAACGAGACGAGCCAAUAUCUUAUCGGGAGUGGUUAGUUAUGAACAACUACGGUAUGAUGCCAGAUACUCAAGAGUCACUGUUCAAAGACAAAAACAUCGCGCGCUGUGACAUUUGUGACUACUGUGAUAGUUGUGAUGACUGUGACAGCUGCGAGAGUACUGACUUCAAGGAACUAUUUCAACAAACAGUCAAAACAGGGGAUAUUUUAAUCUCAGGCAAAAGUAGAGGUGGAUUGAUAGGCCACGCGGCGCUAAUGGUUACUAAUUACUGGGUGAUAGAAAUGCAUGGCGGUAGGAAGUGGAAGAAAGGUAUCAAAAGCAAUAACAGACUGGUUUCUAAGAAGAAAUGGUAUAAGAAGAAUAAAUCUGAAUGGAUAACAGUGUAUCGUUGCCCUGACAAAAGUGCGGCAGAGCGGGCCGCGCUUUGGGCAGAUCGCAAUUACUUUAACCCCCACGGAGGUCAAGAUAAAGCUAUACACAUUACUUAUAAGAUAACCCCAGACUUUGAAUGUACGAACCCCAGCUAUAGUCCUAAGAUGGUGCUUCAAUCAUAUUACUUCACCACUCCGGGUAUAAUAAGAGAUCCGUCUGAACACGGAGCUGUUAUUGUACCAUCCGCUAUACCAGCAUAUUUUGUGGCACCUUACACAUUACGGAAAAUUGGAAAAUAUUGA